AUGUUAUCCCUCUCCCUCAACUCACAUCUUCUGAUUUCGUCUCCUCUUAUCCCUUCCCAGCAUCGAACUGGCUUCAACCCUUCUUCCAUAAUCUGCAAAUCUCGACAAUUCACCGAAAGGGGUCUUCAGUUUGACGUCGGCGAUUCCUUCUUCCGGCAAGAGAGCGCCACCGGCCGCGACCUCGGCGUGCUGUCGGCAGCCCUUUUUAAGGAAUCAAAUGGGAGUCUCCGAGUCCUGGACGGCUUAUGCGGCUGCGGAAUUCGCUCUCUUAGGUACUUAGUGGAAGCUGAAGCUGAUUUCGUCCUGGCCAAUGACGCAAAUGAAGAUUGCAGGAGGGUUAUUGAGGGGAACCUGUCGCAGGUUUCGAGAGGGUCCGGCGACGGGAGCAGAUGGGUUGUGACCCAUACGGAUGCCAAUAGACUCAUGGCGGAGUAUUAUUUGCAAAGGGAUUAUUUUGAUCUCAUUGAUAUUGACUCGUUUGGAAGUGAUUCUAGCUUCUUGAGGACUGCUAUUAGUACUGUAAAAUUGGACGGAUUGCUGUAUGUUACCUCUACUGAUGGCUUCUCUUCCGGCGGCCAUAGGCCUCAACACUCUUUGGCUGCAUAUGGAGCAUAUAUUCGGCCUAUGCCGUACUCAAAUGAGGUUGGUUUGCGCAUGCUGAUAGGUGGAGCGGUUAGGGAGGCUUCUGUAUUUGGCUACCGCGUUGAACCGCUUUUCUCGUACUACUCAUAUCAUGGCCCUGUUUUCAGAGUAAUGCUUCAAGUUAAGCGUGGAAAGCUUCCAGACACUAACAUGUAUAAUUUCAUCAGCUACUGCACUGAAUGUGGAGAUUCCAAUACAAUCGGUUGGGAUCAACUUGGUCAGAUUAGAUGUCCCUGUAAUACAAAUGUUCCGCAUUCCCUUAUUGUCUCAGGGCCCCUUUGGACAGGGCCUCUACAUCAGACAUCGCAUCUCAAGAAAAUGCUUAAUUUGGCUGAGCGUUGGGGUUGGAUUAGCAAUAGCAGUGGAAAGAGCCUCAAAAAGCUCUUGGAACUGAUGAUUGAUGAAAGUGACCCAAAUCUGCCAUUUGGUUAUCUCAAAAUGGAUGAGGUAUCUAGACGUGUUAAGCUUAAUUCCCCGAGCAUUGAGGCCGUGAUGAACACCUUGCAUAAGGUGGGAUAUGCAGCCAGUAGAUCGCACAUUACCCCUAAAGCGAUCAAGACGAACUGCCGCAUGGCAGAAUGUCUGAAGAUUGUCGAAGAGCUUCAACAAUGUUCACGACCAGUAUUAUGAUUCUUGUAUGGAUAGAACUAGUUCACAGUUCAGCCUUCACCUUUACCUGAAGGAAAAAAGGCAAGUAAAUAGACCAACACUGAUUCAAGCUGCUGAUGAAGGUCAGCAUGAGAUGUUUUGGGGCCUUCCAAUCUCUAUUGCUGAAUCCAGUUUUCCUGCAAAGGAUUAUCAUUUGCUUGUGGGUGCCAUUAGCGAAAGAUUUUAUGAAGAGAGCGAUGCGCAUCCGAGCUUCUAAGGUCUCAUGAGCAUUUUUUAGAAACAUUAGCCUUCACGGAAGAUUUCGACUGCAUGCCACCAGUAACAAUUUGACAGAGAAUGACAACUUUCCUUGGAAGAUCUCUUACUUGGCAGUAAAUGUGAGGCAUUAGUUUGUAUGAAGGAAUUAUUAAGGUUUGCACUCAUCAAUUGACAUAUGAACCAUUUGAUACGAUUUGUGAAACCCAUAUCAUCAUCUGUUGGCUCGAAGAAUGUUGAGAAAAUUUCAGAGCCAUUAAGAUAGUCUUAAUAUACAUAAUUAAGUUUAUACAACUAAACAACACUUUGAGAUGUCACGCACGUUUUAUUGACUCGCUAGGAAAGGUUGAAAGCCAGAACAGUGACCCUGUCUUAAGAACAAACGAUCAGAAAGAAAGCCGGCGCAACAUCAGUUAUCAGGCUAGUUUUCCAAUCAAGCAGACUCUUUCUCGUAAACAUCAGCUACAUAUUUCCAGUUCAUCACUUUCCAUAUGUUCUUCAAGUAAUCAGGCCUGACGUUUUUGUACUGCAUCAAAACAAACCAAUGACUAUUAGUAUUCAACAAUCAAAAACCAACAAUCGAGUAAUCAUGUGCAAUCUAAAACUACAAAGCCUCUGAGUACCCAUGGAACCAAACGCUUAAAUAUUUGAAAAAUAUCAUAUGCGACCCCCUCCCAGCAAAAAAUAAAUAAAGGAAGAACAUCUUAGCCAUGAUGAUGGAGCAUGAAGGAAACUGUAAGCAAGCAGAUGAUUAACCUGUAAGUAGUAUGCAUGCUCCC